AUGCUCCAGUUAGUUUCGAGUGCUGGGCCCGCUGCGGGGGAGGGGCAGCGCAGCGGCUAUGUCUGGGCCCUCUUCGUCCCGCGGCUGCCGCUCGACCCCACAGCAGCAGCAGCAGCAGCAGCAGGGGAUCACAGGGAGGCAGCAAAGGAGACACUUGCCACUCAAAAGGAGACACUUUUGAAUCAAAUUGAUAAACAUAUUCGCCUUUCCUGGGUCUCCGCCCCAACCCAAAGUGGCUCUCUUUCUCUUCUAUCUUUGCUGCAGAGUGCAGCAAAAGCAGCCAGGCGGCGCAGGGGGCCCCCGGGGGCUCCCCAGGGGGCCCCCCCGGGGGGCCCCCCGGGGGGCCCCCAGGGGAAAUCGCCACCCCCAGCAGCAGGGGGGCCCCCGGGGGCUCCCGGGGGGCCCCCAGAGGACUCAGGGGGCCCCCAUUGGGAAGAGACAAAUAGGCUGCAGGCUGCUGCAGGAGCAAGUCCUACAGGCAAGCAAAGGGGUGAGGCUGCUGCUGCAGAGCAGCAGCAGCAGCAGCAGCAGCAGCAGGAGCAGCAGCAGCAGCAAGGGGAAGGGGAUGAAGAGGACCCCGUGGCUCCUCAUGAGCUUAUGGAUCUGCUGCAGCUGUCGCACCUGGAAAGCCCAAAAAUAUACUCUGAGUGA